AUGCACAACCUCAAAGGGAAGAUCGCAGUCGUCAUCGGACUAGGACAAUCCGGUUCUGAAGAGGGCUGGGGCAUCGGCACCGCGUGUGCCGUCGUCCUCGCACGACAAGGCGCCGUGAUCUACGGCGGCAACAGGACCAUCGCGUCCGCGACGAAGACGAAGGAGACGAUCGAGGCGGAAGGAGGCCGAUGCGACGUCGUAGCCACGGAGGCGACGUCCUCGGCGUCCGUGAAGGCCCUCGUCGAGGCCUGCGUGGCGAAACACGGCCGCAUCGACAUCCUCGUUGCCAGCGUGGGACACUCGCAGCCGGGGUGUCCGGCGACGAUGGCGGAGGACAUCUGGGACAGGCAGAUGGAUGUGAAUCUACGGAGCGCGUACCUAGCCUGUCACCACGUGCUGCCUGUCAUGGAGACGCAGCGGCCGGCGGGCGGCGCAAUCGUGUAUAUAUCCAGCAUAGCGGGCCUGCGGUAUAUCGGCAAGCCACAAGUCGCAUACAGCACUGCCAAGGCCGCCAUCAACCAGUUUGUGAAGACGACGGCCGUGAUUUAUGCGCCGCGAGGUAUAAGAUUGAAUACGGUUGUGCCGGGGCUCAUGGAAACGCCUUAUACUCGGGCCAUGGCUACACGAUACUCGACAACCGCGACGUCGGUAGAGGGGGGCGCCGAGAAGGAGGAGGAUCAGAAAGAGGGGGCAGAUGAUGAUGGAAGCUACGCGGCGUUCAAACGCAUGAGAGAUAGUCAGGUCCCAAUGGGUCGGAUGGGAGAUGCAUGGGACGUCGCCAAUGCCGUCUUGUUCCUCGUGUCGGACGAGGCAAAAUACAUCACUGGGCAGAAGCUAGUAGUGGAUGGCGGAAUUACAUCGUCCACGGGGCGAACGUAG